CAGGUACUACGUCUGAAGAUAUAUCUAAUUCAAUAUCAAAUUUUGUUGAAAAGAAUGAUUUGGAUUGGAAGAAACUCAUUGGACUUUGCACAGAUGGCGCACCUGCAAUGAUAGGUGUACGAUCGAGCUUAGCUAAAAAGCUCAACGAAGAAAAUCCCGCAAUG